AUGUCCCAGACAUCGCGCGAUACCGGCUGGGCAUGGGUCAUUAUGGUCGCCUCAUUCAUUGUACAAUUCCUAAUUGAUGGAACUAUCAGUGGGUUUGGUAUUUUCUUUUUGGAAAUGCAAAAGGAUGAGGCAUUUGUUCAAGCCAACUAUACUCGAACUAUGCUGGCUUUGCCGGGGAACAUUCAGCCGGGAUUCUUUCUCUGUACUGGUGCCUUUAUUAGUCCACUCAUUCAGAGGUGGGGUUUCCGUAUCAUGGGAACCAUUGGUAGCGCAAUGGUUGGGAGCGGUCUAGCAAUCGCCAGUUUUCAGCAAAAUUUGCACGUAUUCAAUCUGUUCUAUGGAGCUUUAACAGGAUCAGGGUUCGGAAUCCUUUUGGUUUGCGCAGUCGUCUCGGUGAAUUUCUAUUUUGAACGAUUUCGCGGAAUCGCUUCAGGGAUUGCUAUGGCCGGUGCUGGUGUUGGAUGUCUCACAGUUCCCGUAUUGUUCAGUCGAUUGUGUGACCAUUUGGGCUGGCGUCGCGGAUUGCUCGUUUAUAGUGGCUUCUCUUUUCUCUCCGCUCUGUUCUCCGUGCUCACGUUCCGACCAUUCGUAGUGGCCGUGAUUUCGGAUGAGACACUGGAACAGAUCCGUGCGAAGUCAAGCAGUGUUUCUUCGCCCUUGGACGUGGAGCAACAUCAAGGAAAUAGGUGUGAACGAGUACCAGUGGUCAUCACAACAUCAGACAACACAAAAACGCAAGAGGAAUCAAAGAAUGUUAACAAGAUUGAAGUGAUUUCAUUAUGA